AUGAUAAGAAAAAUUAUGAGAAUUAUCCCUAUUAAGCUAUUCGAAGACAACUACAGCUAUGCAGUAUUUGUCGAGGGGCACAAUUCUUAUGCAUUAGUGGAUCCAGCUGACCUUGCAGGAGUCAAAGCAUUCAUAUCGGGUAACCCACAGCUGAGUUCUAUGAACUUUACUCAUGUUUUUACAACCCAUAAGCAUGCAGAUCACUGCGGGAACAACGAGCAAAUUGCUGCAGAAUUCCCACACGUAAAAAUUGUUGGAGGAGCUUCUGAUGGGAUUCCAGCUUGCAAUUACUCAGUCCAAGAUCAAGAUGUAAUUGUUCUAGAUAAUGGCUUGAGAAUCACAGCUCUUCAUACCCCAUGCCAUACAAGAGGCCACAUUCUCUAUUAUUUUGAAGAUUACUCAUCAAAUGACGGCACCAAUAGAGCAGUUUUCACUGGCGAUACAAUUUUUAUUGGAGGCUGUGGAAGAUUUUUUGAAGGAAAUGCUGAAGAAAUGCAUGCUGCAAUGGAAAAAGCGAAGACUUUGCCUACAGAUACAAAGGUGUAUUGCGGGCAUGAAUAUACAGAGAGCAACUUGAAAUGGAGCGCUAAGGUUGAGCAUCAAAAUCAAGCUAUUCAGAGCAAGCUUGAAUGGGCUGUUGCUCAGAGAGAAAGAGGCCAGCCAACUGUGCCUUCAACUAUUGGAGAUUCGAUUAGAUUAAGAUUGUAACGGGUCGCGGAGGAUUAUUCCAGCCUCUACUCGCAUUUAACAAGCUUUGGACUAAGGUUGUCCUAAGGCACUGGCAUGCAUACAUAAGGUCCGUUUUCUGUUGACGUCAACAAAAAAUUUUACGUCACUAUCCCUAGGAUGACUCACCAAACCUUGAUUAGGGUAUUAAUUUACAACAAAGGAUUCUCUAAGCCCUGAUAGUGUUCCAAGUAUGAGCUUACAGUCUAAAGCUACCUUCUGGGGCUAGCAUACCGUAUGAAGUAAAUAUGUCCUCCCCCAAAGUGUGAAUUGGCACUGAUCCUUCAUUUUCUCAUGUGUGGGCAAGGAAAAAAAUAGCCAUAGAAUCUUCGCCAUGCAAAAAUCCACCCCAAACUUACUUAAAAUGAUGGGAUCCCCUUACCUGAGUAGGGAUAAACUCUCCCCUGACCUAUACUUAACUUACCAUCUUUUAAAAAGUUUAUUGGAGAAGAAAUGGAAAUUAAUGUGUUUAUGAGAGCUCAAUUGCUGACCGGAUUACUUGGAGUUUCAGAUGCGGUAGCUGCUAUGGCGAGAUUAAGAGAGAUGAAAAACAGUGGCCAAACUUUGGUUUAA